UCUGAUCUCCUGGUUCUGAUGCAGUAGAUUGUGUUGCAGAUGUUGCCUCUUCUAACCUCCUUCCUGUCUGCAGAUGCCUGCCAGCUCACACUGGACCCCAACACAGCAAACAGAUACCUGUCUCUAUCUGAGGGGGACAGGAAGGUGACACACACACCGGGGAGAGAGCAGCCAUAUCCUGAUCACCCAGAGAGAUUUGACUUCUGGCUGCAGGUGCUGUGCAGAGAGGGUCUGUCUGGGACUCGCUGUUACUGGGAGGCUGAGUGCAGUGGGGGGGCUGUGAUUGCAGUGGCGUAUAAAGGAAUCAGCAGGAAAGGAGGGGGUUCUGACAGGAUGUUUGGACACAAUGAUCAGUCCUGGACUCUGUACUGCUGUGGUUCCAUGUUCUUUGCUCUGCACAAUAAUAACCGCACUUCCAUACCCGCCCCCUCCUCCCGCAGAGUAGGAGUGUAUCUGGACUGGCCGGCCGGCACUCUGUCCUUCUACAGCGUCUCCUCUGACACUCUGACCCACCUGCACACUUUCCACACCACAUUCACUCAACCCUUCUAUCCUGGGUUUCUGGUUUGGAGAGGCAUGCUGUCCCUGUGCAUGCUGGGAUAGAUGUCUCUAUCCUGGAAGAGUUGAUGGGAUCUUAUUCACUGUGGUCAUGACUACAUAAAUCUCCACAUUACAGUUUUUUAUGAUUGCUUACACACUAAAAUUAAAAAUAACACACAGUUAGUGAAACCUGACACUCAAGGAGCAAAACCUCAAGCCCAGAUCUGCACAACUAUAAGCACAUUCUCAGCCUCACACUUUUUGCAAAACACUACACACACUUCUUUACAUUAGAUACAGAAAUCUAACAUGAUGUCACUUCUUUGCCAUUUCAGGGCACUGCCUUUCAAAAUACCAUACCUAUGAACCAAUUGAUCAAA